AUGCCGCCGGCAGAAGAAAUAGGCAAUGGUCUUCUACACGACCUUCACAAGCUAUUCGGCGCCUCAUGUUCAGAGGACGAUCUUGAAUCCCUCUUCAACACGCAGUAUGAAAGCAAAUUUCUGACAAUAGUCGAAGAUCGCUACGAGAAAACUGUUAACGGCAACGAGCAGCAAUUCCGCGACACGACACGCGCCAUUCGGGAUCAAUUACCCGGAGAACCGGGCAACACCAUGAUCGCGUUAAUUCUGGAAGGAAGAAAAUGGGGAAUACGAGGAGGGGCUGCUUCAGCAAUGUUCACUCUUAGUCGAAACGGAACGGCCGCCUAUCCGGAAACGCCAUCCAUCAAUCUUCUUCAAGGGACGCGUUCGUAUGUUACCCCUCCGAGCAACGGCAGUAUUUUGGAUCAAAAAGGUUCUUUUGACAGAAACUCCCGCCACCGGAUCGGCCGUACGAAUAGCAGCCUGACGCAAGCAACUCCACCCGUCGAACGAAGAAUUCCACGCCCGGGGGACAAGCAGUCGCACCGGAGCAGCAACAGCAUAUCCUAUGUGGAGAACCAGAUGUUCAACCGCGGUACCGACCUUUUCGAUUACCGUGACAACAAGAUGGAGGGAUCACGUCACAAGGAAAAUGACUAUCGUAAAAGAAACUACAAUCCGUCGAGCCCACAACUAAUGGCCCUACCUUCGGAAAUAAAGCGUACACCCCAAUUCGAGCCGGUAACCCGUGCCGAUCAAAUGGUGGUCGGGCUUGAUGUGAUGCUACAGGAAGUGAUCCACGCGAUGAAGGGCCUCAAUGCUACCCACAUAAGGAAAAAUGCGCAGGGCGUCCUCGGAAUGUCGCCCUAUGUCGCCAUCAGCUUGGAAACAUGGAGCAGCAUGCAAAACUUUAUCGAGUACGGCAAUCUCUGCCUACGCCUGCCACGUGACCCGGACAACUAUGACAAUCAAGAUCUUUUCAAAAAGGCUUUCCAAACAGCCGUCUUCAACCAACGCCUUGAUUUCACGCACGCCGUUGAUAUCGUCGGGAAGCAGCUAGGCGAAGAGGAGCCAUUCGCUGCGCUGCUGUCGUUGGACCGUUUUGAUCAGGAUUGGCGUGAAAAGAUGUGUACGUUGCACGAUGUUUGGGUCUCGCUCAGCGGCCCCGACGUCCCUGGCUACGAAGUCAUCAGCAGUUUGUUGGAACAACACGCGGUCGCGCUUGAGAAUUCCGGACGUAAAAUGUGUCUUCGCGCUCUCCUCGAUGGCGUUAUGCCUGUUUACAUCCUGCAACUAUCCGAUUGGAUACUACACGCGAAAUUAAACAAAGAAGCCGGAAGGUGGCUCGUUCGCGCCUUCGACAUGGCUCAAGAUGACAUCAUGGGAACCUAUCGCCUCGACAAAGUGCCGCAGAGAUUCCGCUUCUUUUCGGAUAGAUAUCUUGCAAAUAAGAUCCUCGAACUUGGUAAGCUGAUCAAAUGUCUUGGUGGAGUCGAUUGGGCAGGAUGGGACGAGGCGGCGGUCAAGAUAUCCGGUAUUCGAAUCGAACACCUCAUGGAUUUCCAGGACAACAGCCUCGAGACGCUGGUGCAAGAAAUGUGCAUUGAUGCGGGCCGUGACGUGAAGAGGACGCUGAUCGAAAGGGAUCGUCUGUACGACCACAUCGAACUUCUCUCUGAUGUGUUCAUGCUCGCCCGAGAGCCCUUCUCUGGCCAUUUGUUCACCAGUGUUCGAACCUGCUCGGCACAAUUCACGCGUCAAAUCUCGGCGACGGAAGCAGCUAGUCUUCUAGGUCGCUGCAUCUUGUACGGGGGACUCGAAACUUCGUCCAGUAUCAAGGGCAACCAGUUCGAGGUGAUGGCUGAAAUCGGCAGCACUCCGCGGUCAUCGCUUCGCCAAAACUACGUCAACUCGCUUUGCCCUCGCUACAAAGGAGCAACACGCUUGGCCGCGUGCGUAUUAUCGCGCGACGCGCUGCUGCGAUACCAGGGUGUCUUUAGGGCGAUGUGGAGCGUACAGUUCACCUACCAAGGUAUCGUGGCUGUACAGACGGAGCUGAUGCGCUGGGAUCGUUCUUUCACGCGCGCCUACCUCAAGCCGAUUCGAGAUAUUCGUAAUGCAUGGUCCGCGUACCUCUCCCACGUCUUUUCCACGGUCUACGCGCUCGCCCACUACCAGAAUAGCGUGUGUGCCAAAGCUCGGACACGCCUACGCGCAAAGCUGGAUGAGGCCCGGGACCUUGGCGAAUGCAUCCACCAUCAUGAUCGCCACCUAUCACAACUCGAAGACGGCCUAUUCUUGGAUGCGAAACUGGGCACCCGCGUUUUCGCGGCACUUGGCCCCCUGCUCGACCACGCCAUCUCGAUGUUCAUCACCUUCAUCAAAUUCUCGGCCGGGCUGACGGGACGUGCUGACAAAUGGAGCGACAAGAUCGCAGCGAAGCCAAUUAAAAUCACCGACGACACUGCGUGUUUCGUGCAAGUCGAACGGCAGCUUGAAUUCGAAGAGGAUAUGCACCUCUUCGAGAAAUACAACUUCCCGCAACUAAAAGAUCUAUACGCUCAAUUUAAGCAUGCUCAAAAGACGUUGUACGAGGUGCUGAACGACUACGGGGACACGGAACCGAUGGCCGGACUCCGCGAACUGCUCCGCCCACAGCGCAUCGGCUCGACCUGU